AUGUCUGCUAAAAAUGGUGUUACUUUUAUUUCACAUUUGAGUCCAAGGGUUGUGCUUUGUGAUAAUUCAUUAAAAAGUUUAGGGAUUUUGAUUUUCAUUAUUUCUUUACAGGGCAAAGACAAAAUAAUAAAAACAUUUGAAAUUUCUGAGAGUGCUGACCAAUCUUGCUCAGGUGCAAUAGUUCUAAA